AGGCAGGGCGGGGAAGGGAGUCACUGCCCCGCCCGCCGCACACUUGCACGGCCCGCCUGUGAUGGUCCCUUUGCAGUGAUGCUCCGAGGGCAGGCACCUGCUGCUCUGUAAUGAUUCAGCCCCUUUCGGCCACCGCGUUAACACAACAGGAUGCUGUUGCUACUGUCACUGCUGCCUCUCCUGCCGCCACCGCUGCUCCCGCCGCUGCCGCUGGUCCUGCUUUUGCUUUUACUUCUCCUGCAUGACAGUUGUUUUCUUCAUCUGAGGAGACACCAGCUUCAGAUGCUCGAGGUGAAAACCAUGCCUUUCAGUUUGGGCUACUGGUUUACUUAAUGAACCAGCAGUCUCGGCUCCGUUUUGAUUUUGGAUCCUGUCCUCUUGACCGGUCGGGAUGGUUUGGAGAAGCCUUUAAAAGAACUGGAAAAGUGGUCCAAAAACGACAGCUAAAGAAUUAUUGUAAUAUACUUUUAUUUUGUAGUUGCUGGGAGCUUUUUGUUUUUCUUUUUUUCUUGAUUUUCUUCUUCCUCUUGAACUCCCCUUGCUUUUCAUAAUGGCCUUGGACUUGGACGACUUAUCGAUUUCCUUCUGGAAGAUGCUGUAUCAUUUGCUUGGGGGGGGCCCUGCAUGGUAAUGGACUGUGAGAGAGGCCAGGCCUUCUGGAGGUGAGCCGAUGGAGAUUUAUUCCCCAGACAUGUCUGAGGGAGCUGCUGAGAGGUCCUCCAGCCCCUCCACUCAGCUGAGUGCAGACCCAUCUCUCGAUGGACUUCCGGCAGCUGAAGACAUGCCAGAGACCCAGACUGAAGACGGGAGCCCCCCUGGACUCGUGGGCCUGGCCGUGCCCUGCUGUGUGUACCUGGAGGCAGAGCGCCUGAGAGGCUGCCUCAACUCGGAGAAAAUCUGCAUUGUCCCCAUUCUGGCUUGCCUGGUCAGCCUCUGCCUCUGCAUUGCUGGCCUCAAGUGGGUAUUUGUGGACAAGAUAUUUGAGUACGACUCUCCUACUCACCUUGACCCUGGAGGGUUAGGCCAGGACCCUAUUAUUUCUUUGGAUCCAACUGCUGCCUCAGCUGUGUGGGUAUCGUCUGAGGCAUACACUUUACCUGUCUCUAGAGCUCAAUCUGAAACUGAGGUUCAAGUUACAGUGCAAGUUGAUAAGGCUGCUGUAUCCUCUGAACCUGCAGCUGCACCGACCCCGAAGAAUCAUAUUUUUGCCUUUUCUUUCCUGCCAUCCACUGCACCAUUUUUCCCUUCACCCACUCGGAUCCCUGAGGUGAGAACACCCAAGUCAGCAACUCAGCCACAAACAACAGAAACUAAUCUCCAAACUGCUCCUAAACUUUCUACAUCUACAUCCACCACUGGGACAAGCCAUCUUGUGAAGUGUGCGGAGAAGGAGAAAACAUUCUGUGUGAAUGGUGGCGAGUGUUUCAUGGUGAAAGACCUUUCAAACCCCUCAAGAUACUUAUGCAAGUGCCCAAAUGAGUUUACUGGUGAUCGCUGCCAAAACUACGUAAUGGCCAGCUUCUACAAGCAUCUUGGGAUUGAAUUUAUGGAAGCGGAGGAGCUCUAUCAGAAGAGAGUGUUGACCAUAAGUGGCAUCUGCAUCGCACUGCUGGUGGUCGGCAUCAUGUGUGUGGUGGCCUACUGCAAAACCAAGAAACAGAGGAAAAAGCUUCAUGACAGGCUUCGGCAGAGUCUUCGGUCUGAACGGAACAACAUGGUGAACAUAGCAAAUGGGCCUCACCAUCCUAACCCACCCCCCGAGAAUGUACAGCUGGUGAAUCAAUACGUAUCUAAAAAUGUCAUCUCUAGUGAGCAUAUUGUUGAGAGAGAAGCAGAGACGUCUUUCUCCACCAGUCAUUAUACCUCAACCACCCAUCACUCCACUACUGUCACCCAGACUCCUAGUCACAGCUGGAGCAAUGGACACACAGAAAGCAUUAUUUCAGAAAGCCACUCUGUAAUUGUGAUGUCAUCAGUAGAGAACAGUAGGCACAGCAGCCCCAGUGGGGGCCCAAGAGGACGUCUCAGUGGCCUGGGAGGCCCUCGUGAAUGUAACAGCUUCCUCAGGCAUGCCAGAGAAACCCCUGACUCCUACCGAGACUCUCCUCAUAGUGAAAGGUAUGUGUCAGCCAUGACCACCCCAGCUCGUAUGUCGCCUAUAGAUUUCCACACGCCAAGCUCCCCCAAAUCACCCCCUUCAGAAAUGUCUCCACCGGCAUCCAGCAUGACGGUGUCCAUGCCCUCCAUGGCAGUCAGCCCCUUCAUGGAAGAAGAGCGACCUCUACUUCUUGUGACGCCACCAAAGCUGCGAGAGAAGAAGUACAAUCAUCACCCUCAGCAGUUCAGUAACUUCCAUCACAACCCUGCACAUGAGAGUAACAGCCUCCCCCCUAGUCCCUUGAGGAUAGUAGAGGAUGAGGAGUAUGAGACCACCCAGGAGUACGAACCAGCUCAAGAGCCUGUUAAGAAACUCGCCAAUAGCCGGCGGGCCAAAAGAACCAAGCCCAAUGGCCACAUUGCCAACAGGCUGGAAAUGAACAGCAAUACAAGCUCUGAGAACAGUAACUCAGAGAGUGAAACAGAAGAUGAACGAGUAGGAGAAGAUACACCGUUCCUGGGUGUACAGAACCCCCUGGCAGCCAGCCUUGAGGCAGCACCUGCCUUCCGCCUGUCUGACAGCAGGACUAACCCAGCAGGCCGCUUCUCGUCACAGGAAGAAUUACAGGCCAGGCUGUCUAGUGUAAUUGCUAACCAAGACCCUAUUGCUGUAUAAAACUUAAAUAAACACAUAGAUUCACCUGUAAAACUUUAUUUUAUAUAAUAAAGUAUUCCACCUUAAAUUAAACAAUUUAUUUUAUUUUAGCAGUUCUGCAAAUAGAAAACAGGAAAAAACUUUUAUAAAUUAAAUAUAUGUAUGUAAAAAUGUGUUAUGUGCCAUAUGUAGCAAUUUUUUACAGUAUUUCAAAACAAGAAAGAUAUCAAUGGUGCCUUUAUGUUAUGUUAUGUCAAGAGCAAGUUUUGUACAGUUACAGUGAUUGCUUUUCCACAGUAUUUCAGCAAAGCCUUCCAUAUAUUCAGUUUUUGCUGGCUUCUUGUGCAUUGCAUUCUGAUGUUGACUGGAUGUAUGAUUGGCAAGACUUGCAACUGUCCUUCUGUUUGUCUGUAGUAGCACCCAGUCAGUAUGUCUUGCAAUGGCACAUCCAUCCAAAUACUCUUAUCUUUUGUACGAAGCUUUUUUUGCUUUCAGAAUAUGAAAUGAGUUCUGUUUAUUCUGUCAGCCAAAGGUUUGCUUCAUUGGGCUCUGAGAUAAUAGUAGAUCCAACAGCAUGCUACUAUUCAAUACAGCAGGAAACUGCAUUAAGUAAUGUUAAAUAUUAGGAAGAAAGUAAUACUGUGAUUUAAAAAAUCUAUAUUAUUACUCAGAAGACAGCUUGUUCUUGCUAAAAGAACCUACCACUUACUUUAAUUUAUUUUUCUUGACAAAAAGCAACAGUUUUAGGCAUAGCUUAGAAAACGGGUUCUGGCCUGCUAUUAGGUUAAAUCUAAAAACUUAGAAGAGGACUCAGCUUUACUUUCUCUCUGGGGGAAUGAUCCAGCAGCUCAUUUAUUUGAACAACAGACCACAACUGAUAAUGGUGCAAUCAUUUCUGACUUGUAUCUUCCACUGAUUUGGGAGCUACUGAUUGGUUGUGUCUUCUCAGCUCCAGGAGAGGCAGAUCUUGGCAUCAAAAGCCCAGUGCAAACAAUACACUCAGCAGUCUGCCUGAAACUCUUCUGAAGUUAAAUGUUCCUUUUGUACAUAAUGGAGACUUGUCAUCAUUGGAAAUUGGUUUCAUUGUUGAGUGUUUAGAAGGCAUGAGUGUGUAGAAGACAUAGGUGGAGGGCAGCUGUGUGACUUGGUUGACAUUUUCGACUACUACUUUCUCUCCAUUAUGUUCCUUUUAUUUUUCAGCAUUGCCUUGAUUAGGUUGUAACUAUGCAUGGACAUCUGUUGUCAGGAAUGGCCAAUGUGCAUGUGAUUUGUUAUUAGUAAGAACCUUCCUCCAGUGGUGACUUAUCAGGAAAUGUCAGUGUUGGAAAGAUUGCACCUUUACUUACAGAAGUGACCCCCACCUGUAGACUGACCUUUCCAUUUACAGCCUGCAUCACCCAUUUUUCCCUUGCUUAAUUUUUGCUUUAUUGUUGCGACAGCAGGACUAAGAUUGGUCUAAAUUUUGCAUGUUCUCUUGUGAUUGUAAAUCCAAUGAAGGCCUAUAGGUAUUAACAUUUUGAAAUAAUUGCUAAUCCAAGGAAAAGAAGAAAAUUUUAAUGCAGAGCCCGUUUUUUGCCUGCCUGAUACCUGUUAAACCAAGGCUAGAGCUUUACCUAGGUUCCAAGUAGCCUCUUAGGAGUCAUGGGACAAAAUGGGAAACAGGCUAGCAGCAAGUUCACAGUGUCAAGGAGAGUAAUUGCUUCUUGUUUGCAAGAGAAAAUGUAUUUCUUCACCAAAUCUUUAUUUUACAAAUCAGAGGGAAGAAAGGACAUGCAAGUAGGUCUUAGAAGAAAAAUGUAAACUGAGUAUGAGUAAAAGUCUUUGCACUCCUACCAUGUUUUGUGUUUCUACAAACCACUGACAGGCUCAUCUACACGUCCUUGAUGUCACUAUAUUUGGUAUUCUUAGGUUUUCGUCAUUGUUCACCUGCCACUUUCUCUGUGCUCAACAUUGUUCUAGUUUGCUUUAUAACAUACACAGAGGAGGCCCUGUCAGUUUGUGCUAAUUUCCCAAUUGUGUAGAAAUGAGUCAGCUCAUGGAUGGGAAAGAAGGCCAUCAGUCUGAAGAUGCUCUCUAAAUCAUUUUGACAUUGCCUUUGAAGGCCUUGAGUCAUUCUUCAGUAUUUCAAUAAAGAAAUUCCUAUCAUUAUUUCAAAACCCUAAACAUUCUGUUUUAAUUUCUUUGGGCACUGGAGUAUUCAUUUGACCCAUUCAGAAAAAUUUCAGGAAUAAGUAGGCUUCUUAUAAGAAAAAUGAGGGACAUUUUCCUCAGUUUGAUCAUUGCUAUAAAUUUUCAAAUUUCAUAUAUAUAUAUGUGAUAUUUUAUUUCCAACCUGACUUUGAUCACUCACAGAGGUGGCAUAUUAGGUGAAACAGCCUUUCCACUUCAGAACAAGAGCUUUUCUUGAUCAGAAAGGUCAGCUGGAUGCUCGGGGCUCCCUAUUGCAGCCACCACAUUUAUGUUCCUAGGGACAUCUCUGUGACACUUUGUUGCCACAUUACUCACACGCACCCCUAAUUAUAAAUUCAAGUGGUGCAGCGGCAAACCAAAGGGGUAUAAACCUGUGUUCCUAGCAUAUAGAAAGCUUUCUUGGUUUUUAAGGGAAUGGAAAUUGCAGAGAAGUUUGCCAGCUACUUUGUUUCCUGGGUCUGAAAUUGUACCCCAUUGCGAGCAUAGUAUGUGCAAAACUCCUUCUUUCUUACUCAAGAUUAAUUUUCUAUACUGCUUUCAUUUAUAUCCUUUCUUCCCCAAGACUGCCUGGUGAACAGCCUUCUGCUUCCCCCAAAAUGGUACUCUGUAUAGGUGAAUGUGUCCCAAACAGCAAUAUGUCAUCUUUUAUUGUUUCAUCGUGACUGUCGUGAUGCAGAUGGAGUUGACCCAGGGUAACUUGCUCAGUAACUACUCCUUUUUUUGCCCUGGAGUUGAAGGGUGUAUGGCUCACAUUGGUAAAAACAAAGAAAGCCUGGUCUUAUCUUUUAAUACUGGCUGCCUUCCAUCAGCCACAGAAAUUUUUUUAUCCACCGAGACCCAUGAGACACUGCAGAGACUGCAGGCAAAAGGGAAUAGCCACAUAUCACAAGUUCUAUUACAUAUUCUUUUGUAAAUACAUAUUGUACAUUACUUGGAUGUUUUCUUAAAUCAUUUACUGUCUUUAUGAGUUAAUGGCAGUUUUUACUCUCAGCUUACUGUGUAACAUUGUAAAUAACAUAAUGUCCUUUAUUAUUUAUAUUUAAACAUCUAACAUAGAAUUGUUUUCAUAUAAGUUUAAGAUAAAUGUCAAAAAUAUAUGUUUUUGUUUUUCUUUGCUUUAAAAUUAUGUACCUUUUCCUUUUUAAAUAAUUUAUUGUUCAGGAGAAAGAAUGUAUAUGUAUUUGAAACUAUUUGAAGAAUGCACAUUUGAAGACCGUGAGGUACUGAUAAACUAAAGAAUUUAUUAUCCAAAAUACUAAGCAAUAAGUAAUUGUGAUUUAUUUAAAGUUUUGUUUAUUUCCCAAGAAAGUCAUACUGCAAUAAAAAAUGCUACUCUGUGGAGACUUGGGCAUGUUGCUCAGCAGACUAAUGUUCCAGUCUGUUGGACCAGCACCUUUGUCUUACUGGGACAGUUGUACUAAUUUAGGCAUGUGUUCCAUGACCCACGAUCAUCUUGUCUGUCUGUUGCCUUUGCCACACUGCCUGUCCGUGAAUCAUCUGCCUCCUGAUUCUGUUUACCACUUUAUUCCUUGUUGAAGGGGCCACACAGUCAAGGAAUGUGAUGUUUCCUUCCAACCUUCCCCAUACACAAUAACCUCAGAUAGAAACAUUUUAGGCAUAACAACCUGGAUCUUGGUUAUUGAUAUGUUCUGUAGAGACAGCCAGAAACUUCUUCAGAUUAAUGGAAAUGUCAGUGUGCCAGUCCUAUUCACUCAUGAGAGGAAAAA